AUGUCUUCAAUGUCCUCUCGUGGGGCAUCUCCAUUUGGGGAUGAAGUAGAGGAGGAAGAACAUCAUGCAGGAAUGCUUCAUCCUUCAACAACUUGUUUUACCAAAGGAGCAGACGCUUUCAAGUUUAACCCAGAAGACGCUUGCUUUCCAAUCUAUCAUAAGAUGAUUACACCUGCUUCAACAUCUUCAACAACUUCACCCAAUUAUAUUAUCAGUGGAAAAAACAAGCAGGGCGAUCCACCUGGGGAUCAUCUUCAUCGAGCUGGGGAAAUAUUGUUCGGACGUCGACGCAUGCUCACCUUCCCACUAGGGCCGUCUUCGUUGCCUGGUGGGGGCACGAUAUCCGUCUAUUCCUGGCAAGCAGCACCCGAUAUCCGACUUCACUUCCUCACUGUGAAACUAAACACUGAAGAGCCUCAAGCAACAAGUAGUGGGAAGAAUCUUCCAGCUGUUGGGCAAGAGGGACAUCCAGAAGGACACGGACAUCCACAAGGACACCCACGUCGAGGACUGAAGGAUUUAUUUAAGGCUUCCCCUGAUCCAUCCCUGUAGUUAGACAUCCCUGAAACAUAUUAUUGUGCGCCCCAAUACAACGGAGAUACUGACGCAUGAUAUGCUUGAGGGAUUUCCACAGGGAUGAAUAGGGGAGAGCUCUAAUUUAUCCUCGCUGUUCGCCGAUAGUACUGGUUCGGCUUUACAGGUGAGCUACAUCCGAGGAUGUUCAGGGCCAUUGAUUGACGUUUUACUGGAGGAUAUGCGUCAUAAGACCAGCACUAACAUCUCCUCUGGUGGAAGUUGUCGUGGUAGUGGUGGCAGUGGUGCUACUUCUUCUCCUUCAUCACCAGAUCCAGAUUCUUCUUCGAGAUUAGCAACUACUUCUGCACCUCCCACGACGACGACUUCGCAUGAGUCAUCUUCGAUGAAUGGACAGGGAGAAGAAAAAUCUUCAUCCGGCACUGCGCCGGAAUGUACAACUUCUUCUGCCUCUAUUACCGCGUUUAGUAGAAGGACCUCGCCAGUUGAUGAGGAGUUACAAUUGCGGCGAUUUCUUUUGGGAAAUCGAAAUCCUUGGAAAGCUCGUGGAACAACAACAACCUCUCAAUCUCAACAUCACCCAAUUUCGUUCUUGCCAGCGAAGUUUCUGGGUCUACUCCAAAAUGGUGAGGUCACUUUCUGUCGUGUGGUAGAGUGGGUGUUUCUGCAGUGAGUUGUUCUUUGUAGUAAGGUUAAGGAACAAAGGUCAAAGGAGACGGCCAUAAAAAUUAGAGACAUGAUUGGAAAGCAUAACCCAGUUGUAGACCCCUACAAACAUUGACAUGUGGUGUGCUUAGAUUGUUAAGUUUUCUCAGUAUUACUCGCUCCGUCCUCUGGAGGAAGGUAGAUCGAUUUCCAUUUCCUUGAGCACUUUACCCUGUGCAAGAAACAUCAGUGAAGCUCAGUGAGUACGUGGUGCCGUUGAU